AUGGGUACACAUAUUCGAAGAAAUGGUAUUUCACUUAUUCCCAAAAAGAAAAGGAAGGGCGCGGCGGGGCGCGGCGGCGCGGGCGCGGGCGCGGCCAUGGGGCUGUACGGCGUGGUGCGCUACCACCUAGCGCCGCCCUUCAUCCUGCUGGCGUUCCCGUGCGUGGUGCAAGUGCUGGCGCAGCUGGGCCAGGGCGAGCAGCUGGAGGCGCGCGCGCUGCUGGCGAGGGCGCUGGGCAGCGCCUUCGCGUGGACCGUGGUGGGCGCGUGGGCGGCGUGGGCGUGGCUCUGGCUGCGCCUGCCCGCGCGCACCGUCGAGGGGCCCGCCACGCUCUUCGGCUACACGCCCGUCUACCAGGACAACGGCGUGCUGUACUACUGGGCGAGCCUGGUGGCGUUCUUCACGGCGCAGGCCCUGUGGCCGGGGCUGUCGGCGGCGCUGUGGGCGCAGAUGCCCGAGCUGCUGGGCGCGCUCAACACGACGGCGCUGCUGCUGUGCGUGUACCUGCGCGCCAAGGCCAAGCGCCGGCCCGAGCACCCGGCCGACCGCCAGCCGCCGCGCCCCGCCGCCUACGAGUUCUACUGCGGCCUCGAGCUGCACCCGCGCCUGCUGGGCGUCGACGUCAAGCAGCUCACCAACUGCCGCAUCGGCAUGAUGGGCUGGCAGCUGCUCAUCAUCGCCUUCUACGUCGCCUCGGUGCAGCGACACGGCUUCAGCGCCGCCACGCUCGUCAACCUGCUGCUGCAGUCGGUGUUCAUCGCCAAGUUCUUCUGGUGGGAGGCGGGCUACUUCAGCACGCUCGACAUCACGCUGGACCGCGCGGGUUACUACCUGUGCUGGGGCUGCCUGGUGUGGGUGCCGUGCCUGUACACGUACUCGAGCUACUUCCUGGUGGCGCACCCGCCGGCGCUGGGCGCGUGGGGCGCGGCGGGCGCGGCGGCGCUGGGCAUGGCCGGCAUCCUGCUCAACUACCGCGUCGACCUGGAGCGGCAGCUGUUCCGCGCGGCGCCGCGCGGCCAGUGCUCGCUGUGGGGGCGGCCGGCCUCCUUCCUCGUGGUGUCGUACCGCGACGCCGCCGGCGCCACCCGCCAGUCGCGCCUCCUCACCUCGGGCUGCUGGGGCGUGGCGCGCCACCUCAACUACACCUUCGAGCUGGUGGGCGCGCUCGCCUGGUGCCUGCCCGGGCUGGGGCUCGGGCCCUGGCCCUUCCUCUACUUCUUCUUCCUGGUGGUGCUGCUGGUGCACCGCACCUUCAGGGACGAGGAGAAGUGCGCGGAGAAGUACGGCGCUGGAUGGGAGGAGUACUGCAAGCUGGUGCCGUACCGGCUCGUGCCCUUUGUGUUCUGAGCGGGAGGACUCCAGUGGGCGACUCGCGUCGCGUCACGUCGCGUUUGUGGACUUUUGAACAACACAUCCCUAAGACGGAUGAGCGUAAACUCUUUGGACUGUACGUGCACAGAGGUUGGUUGGCGCAUUUGAAACUUAAGAGACAUUGUGAGAGGUCAGCUUGUGAAUACGUGUACGAACCUACACAUUUAACAUGAAAAACAUGCGUCUCCAUGAAAGACCUAUCCGCUGGCACGAUCAAAAUAAAUAUGUACUUGACAUUUGUUACACGUGGAAGAAUUUCGAUGAAAAUCACAAAAUAAAGUGCUUAAAUAGGUGUGAAAAUCUACCUGAUAUUUGAUGUGUUUAUUGUUCUGUACAGGUGUCAAUCAAUGUUUCUUUAAGAGUAAAUACUUGCUAUUUUUACUGCAAGAGCAAAUAACGUAAAACAAUUGAGUGCUUAAGAGAUAUUCGCACUCGUAAGAAAAAUAAAGGCACAUGAAACAUCGAAUCUACGCUGAAUGAUCAUUAAAUAUUUGUCGAUAUAAUCUAUGAUGAACUGGAGGAUUGAUAUGAAGUCCUUCAGAUUAAGUAAAUAAUUACAAUAAAGUACAUUUGUCAGAUGCUGUGAAUCUGAGUAAAAACAUACCACUUCUUGUCAUUGUUGCAGUAAGUGUAUCAUUGAAUACCAAGAAGUUAUGGGGUAACUGGUGAUGUCAAUUCUUCUGUAAUUUAUGAUUGCAGUGUGAUAUAUUAGGCUUGUAGAAAACAACUAUCAAGUAUGGCCAUCGUAUGGCAGAGCAUUCCAAUUUCUGUAAUGCAAUACUUUUCUCAUCAAAUAGUACUUGCUUUAAUAAAAGUAUCAAAAUGUGUAGAUUACCUUUUUAGAUACAGUGCAAAAAACUGUUGAAUCAAUUGAUAACGGACGUAUUUCAUAGAAAACGAGAUGCGUAAUAGAAUUUUAGUUUUCAAGCUUCGACAAUGAAUAUGAACUUUGAUGUGCCAAAAAACUUGUAUAAUUCAAUAUACUGCUCAUCAUUUCCCUCGCCCAUUGAUGUGUAUCCUUUCUAUAGUUUAUUACGUUACAUGAUGUGUAACGUACACUGGAAACACCAUGGUAGAUUUUGAUUCUUCGAAUAGGGAGAAUAUAAAUAUCAAUCACCGUACAUUAAAAACAAUGUGCGUGGAAGUGUUGAUAUGAAAUUAUUUUGACGUAACCUAACUAGCCUAGUAAAUUAAUGAUACUAGCAAAUUCUUCUUUAGAUAUCGUUAUCUACACUCAGAAAGACAAAAUAUAACUAUCGUAGUACAUACUUCAACCGUAGAUACGAGUAUCGUGGCAAGAGCGGUUGCAAAGGCAAGAUGUACAGACAUUUGAAUUAUUCAGAAAACCAGUCUUUCAUAAUGGACUUUUAAGCUUUUGUCUUAAGUUUAAACUUUUAUUAAUAUUUUCAUAUAUUAAUUAUUCUAAUGAAAAAUAGAAUAUUUGAAUUUUGUAAUGAAUUCGUCGGUCUGAAUAAAGUAUUCAACAAAACCUGCGUUUCUUCAUACAUUUCGUAAAUUUAUAUUCAAAACUUUCAAUAUACAAAUUGAAAAAAGAAAUGUUACAAUAAUCAACAGUUGCAUUCCUUUCUGACAUGUUAAUGUUUGGUAAUUUUUCGUUAAUAAAAUAAUAUAAUUUCUUAAAUAUUCAUUACAGAAGCAUGAGAGAAACGAUAGAGAAGGCCUAAUGGAAAUUGCUUUACAUUGCAUUUAUACUAAAUAGCUUUUCUUAUUUUUAUCUAUUCGUGACGAUAGUUUUGUUUCCUUUACGAGUUAAUAAUAGAAGAUGAGUGAAACUAUUUAAAGCAUUUGUUGCCCAAUUUUCGAAAUCCCACUAAUUGGAUAGUGGAUCAUGUUGUGCUUUCCGAACAAUAAAUUUUGUAUGUAUUCCCUAAGAUUUUGCUAAGAACACUUUCAAUAAGUAUAUUGUGUACUAUCCAAAGUAUCAGAAAACUGAGAAUGAGAUAACUGUCUUAUACCUAUUAAAAUCAAUGUACUCUACUUUGAUGUCCUACAGACACGAACUUUAUACAAAAUUUCUAGAAAAAUGAUUCGUCUGAAUAAGAGAACCUGAAAAGGCAUUCAUGUAAAUGAUCCCCGAAGCGACAGAUUUAUGAAAACGUCUUGUUAUUGCCGAUUCCGUAUUACGUCGAUUUGUAGACAUGGCAAAUGUCCCGCCUGGUACAGAGGAAAACUUGUGGGCCCGCUUUCAGCGAAAGCUUGCUCAUAGAGUGGGACAGCGCCACGUCGUUUGUUAGCGCAACAGGCUGCUCUGUUAUUAUGGAGAGUAUCGGGCGCCAUCCGUUUUCUUCAGUGUCAGGCGCGACCGCUCGGAGAAUGAGUUGUAUACACAAAACCCUUGUGACGCAAUAAAGCGAGUCAUGGAAGUGCACUGAAGUUGGUUUCCCUUUAACGCCCUUCUCCGUUCCUCAGCCUUUUAGGAGAGCACCUUCACUCCCGCAGUGGGGGCUUAGGUCCAGCCGCCCGAAGUGCGCGUCUGGGGGCGAUCCUAAAAGCAACAUAAAAGGUACAUUGUAUACACGCAUUUACACUUGUGCAUUAGGGUGUCUGUUAAACUGAAAGAUUACGGUUUUCGAUUUUAAAUGCCGUUUAUAUUUCAACACUUACGCGGCAGCAAUUUUUCUUAUCCAAAACUGCUGAUAUUUGUACAGCCUACAUUUUUUGCGCUUUCAUCCGAUAUAAACGCGGACAGUAACAAAAUUUUAACAUUUUUUGGCGCUAGGGCUUACGACCAAUCAGAUGCGGUUGGAGCCUCAACAACUGAGGGUUGCAGCUCCAUCGUAUGGCAGAAAUAUAAUUUCCAAAAUUGAGAACAUUAAUAUAUAAUAAAAUGUAAGCAAUCAAUUCAAAUUAAUUUAAAGUAAAUUUAAUAACAGUAUAUAUUGAAACAUUCCUUACAUAUUUUUAUACGCAGUGUCCGUGGCAGAGAUGUUCACAUCCCGCGCACGUGGUUCUGACGUUGAUUUCCAGUGGGCACUCGAGUAUUCCUUCGGCAUUGCGACAAUUCACGAUAAGAUUCACACACACACACACACACAAUAACUUUCUUUCGAAAA